UGGCCCACUCAAAACAGCUAGACGGAACUCUACGUUUGUUGAAGCACCAUGGUCACCGACAUACCCACUAGCGACCUCUUUGCGGACGAUGACACCUCCCGCGCCGGCAGCGUCCCACUCAUAUCCUCCCCAAUCACCCCCCGACACACUCGUUCCGUCUCCCUCGUUCCUUUUUCGUCGCCGACGGUUGGACCAUCUCGACUUGGUUUGAACUUGGAAGAGGAAAGUGAAGGUGUAGAGGAAGAGAGUAUAAAUGGGGAUGAGCGUGAACAAGUGGAACAGAUGAAAAAAGAUGAAGGCGAACAACGUGAACAAACUGUACAAGAUGAAAAACGGGAAUGGGUCAAACGCAUGCGAAUCAUGUUUUGUGUGCGUGAGGAAUUCGAGGUUACAAAGAGUAUUAUUCAUGAAGAUGGGACACUUAACCAAGAUUACUUUCGACCUCCAAAAGGCACCCAACUCUCGAACGAACCCGUCAAAAAAUGGACCGACAAGGAACGUACACUCCUUAUUCAAGGGAUCCAAACAUAUGGAAUUGGACAUUUUAGAGAGAUUUCAGAGGCGUUGUUACCAGAUUGGCCUCCCAAUGACCUACGCGUAAAAUCCAUGCGACUCAUUGGUCGACAAAACCUACAAGAGUACAAGGAUUGGAGGGGGAGCGAACAAGAUAUCCGAGACGAGUAUGAACGGAAUAAAGAGAUUGGGAUGCGACUUGGGUGUUGGAAGAGUGGGGUAUUGGUUUUUGAUGAUGCGGGACGGGUGAAUGAGGAGGUUAAAAAGUAUCCGGUUGUAUUCAAGGAAGAGGUGGUGAAUGGGGCAAACAAGAAGCGACGGAGAUGAAAGGGGAUUUUUAUUUAUUUGUCUUUUGUUUUUAUUGUCCAGUGGGUUCCAUUUCUUGUAGUACAUCCUCUAUUUUUGAUAAAAGAUUGUAAAUACCAAGCGCUGCCCCCCUUGUCGUAAA